AUGUCGGCAACUCUCGAACACGAACAUCUGGGUGAAUUGAAGGGCAAAAGUGUAGAUGGAGCAGUUCAGUUUCUCGGUCUAAAGUAUGCUUCGAUAAAAGACCGCUUGGCUGCACCUCAGCUUGUUGAUAGCUAUGGGUCUGGAACUACGGACGCUACGAAGUUUGGUCCUCCUCCAGUAUCUCCAGUUGGUGCUAUCGAGCGGGAAUUUGGCUUCAUUCAAAAAUCAUUGCCACUCCCAGAAGUUCCGGCGCAUUCUGAUCUCGAAGGCUUGAAUCUCAACAUCACUGUGCCGACGAACAAAGAUGGUGCUAUUGACCCCAACGCGAAGCUGCCUGUCUUUGUCUUCAUACAUGGAGGCGGAUUUGCUGUUGGAAGUAGUUGGUACCCACACUAUGACCCGGCCCCCAUAGUGAGGAUGUCUGUCCAAAGGAAGAAACCCAUUAUCGGUAUCACCAUCAACUACCGAUUGGGCUUCACGGGCUUUGCGACUUCCGAAGAACUGCGCCAAGCAGGUUACAAAGCAAACAACGGCUUUUACGACCAGCGCACGGCUAUGCAAUGGAUUAGAAAGUUCAUAGGCGGCUUCGGAGGUGAUCCAGAUGAGAUCACCGCAUGCGGAGAGAGCGCUGGUGGAUUGUCUGCAACAGUCUUACUAUGCUCCAAGGAGCCGCUGAUGAAGCGUUGUCUGAGCACCGGAGGAGCCAUACUACUUUUCAAGCCUAUCCCAGAAUUUGUGGCAGAGUCAUCGUAUCAACAGGCCAUAGAAGCAUUUGGCCUGAAAGACAAGUCACCAGAGGAUCGUAUCAAGGCCCUUCUGAGUAUACCCUUGGACGACCUAUGGCAAAAGGUGCCACCUACAGCGCCAAUGCUACCCUCAAUUGAUGGUAUUACUAUGCCUGGCUCACCGGAUUUUCUUACCGUCUCAUCUCAGGAGGAUAGCCCAACCUUCAUGAUGCCGGGCAGAAAGUGGUGCAAGGCUUUCAUGAUAGGAGAGUCAAAACUGGAUGCGAAUAUUCUCGCAUACAUGGGUCUCGAUGGUCGCAACCCCGGCAUCGCGCAAAAGUUCAUCGAUUCCUGCAAGGCUACGCUAUCCACCCAUCCGGAUGUAGCGGAACAACUCCUCAAAUCCUACAAUAUUACUCCUGAGACCCCUGAUGACGAAGGUAUUCUCUCAGUCCUACGUUUCGCCUCCGAGAUUUCCUUUUACGCGCCUUCUCGUGCCUUCGCCAAAGGCUGGCCUAACACUGCCGACUCGAAAUUCUUCCUCUAUCACUUCAACGAAGGCAUACCUUGGGAAGGCCGUUUCAAAGGUGAAGCAGGCCACAUUCUGGAUGUAUCCUAUCUCUUCCAGAACUACAACGAGCACCUGGACGAUGCGCAGCAGAAAGUGGCACGGGAAUAUGGAGAAGACUUCAUCAAAUUCGUCAAUGGAGAAGAUCCUUGGCCGCCAGUGCAGACCGAAAAGCUAAGUGCUAAAGUGUAUGGGCCGAGUGCUGAUGGUGUCACAAGUAGGUGGGUUCCGGAUGGUGAUCCAGCGAAGAUUGGAAGAGAUGACAGGAUAUUGAAGUUGGGGGAGAUGGCAGGGUUUGAUGCUAUCCAGGAUGUGUUCCAGAAUUUUUUCCAAGGAAAAUAG